CAAUUCCCAGCAUGCAGUGCACCUGGACGUCACGGAAGCUUCCGGAAGGUUACAGAGCUUUUGCAUCAGAACUGGGGAAAGAAAGUGUCGGAUUCAGCGUUGCAAGAAGGUGCUGACAAGAAAAGGACGGUGUAGGAGUUAUACGCUGAGCCAAGAUGUUUGCUGCAAGGUUAGUCUGUAUGCGGAGUCUGCCUGUGGUGGGCUUCCGCCCAGCUCUAACUCAUGGAUCUCCAGUCCUGAGAAAUUCCGCACUGAAAUCAAACCAGUGGCUUUUGCAACCUAACCAGGGUUAUUCAUCAAGAUCCAGGUUUGGGCUACGCCGUGUCAAGUCAGCCCGUGAAGAACUCAAAGAAGCUGCAUUUGAACCAUCAAUGGGUACGGCUGCUCGAAUUGACACAACCGGAAGGCUCAUAGUCGCAGGCGGUGCUGUGGUUGGGCUUGGUGCUCUUUGUUAUUAUGGACUGGGAAUGUCCAAUGAAAUUGGUGCCAUAGAAAAAGCUGUUAUUUGGCCUGAAUAUGUUAAAGAGCGAAUUCGAUCUACCUACAUGUAUUUCGCUGGCAGUAUUGGUCUCACAGCCCUCUCUGCUGUAGCUGUUAGUAGGGCUCCUGCUCUUAUGAGCUUGAUGAUGAGAGGCUCUUGGCUGGCAAUUGGUGCAACGUUUGCUGCAAUGAUUGGAGCAGGGAUGUUGGUUCGUUCUAUAUCCUAUGAUCAAAACCCUGGAGCUAAACAUCUUGCAUGGAUGUUGCAUGCAGGAGUGAUGGGGGCUGUGGUUGCUCCAUUGACUUUGCUUGGUGGCCCUCUGCUGAUUAGAGCUGCAUGGUACACAGCUGGAAUUGUAGGAGGCCUUUCCACUGUGGCUAUGUGUGCACCAAGUGAGAAGUUUCUAAAUAUGGGAGGACCUCUUGGCAUUGGUCUGGGACUUGUCCUUGCCUCCUCCAUAGGGAGUGCAUUCCUUCCCCCAACUUCUGUUUUUGGUGCUGGCCUUUACUCCAUCGCUAUUUAUGGAGGCUUAGUACUUUUUGGCAUGUUUCUUCUCUAUGAUACCCAGAAAGUUAUCAAACGAGCUGAGACCUAUCCAAUGUAUGGUGUAGCAAAGUUUGACCCCAUAAAUUCGUGCCUAGGAAUUUACACUGACACACUGAAUAUCUUUAUACGUGUAGCCAUGAUGCUGGCUGGAAGUGGAAAUAGGCGAAAAUAAAUAAGUGCUCCACCAUCAUCUUAUAUUGAUUGAUUGCCCCAAGCACUUUACUUUCGCCCUGGAUGAUAAAUGUGUACUGAUAUAACCAUCACAACAAAAUUAUGCUUCCAGUGGGACUGCUGAUUAAAUAUUUCCUGAACUCUCCAGCUUUGAAUAAACACUCAGUCCUUGUAUGUAAGAUUUCAGCAGACAAUAGUUCAGAAGCAUGUUUUUUAUUUGGUAACAAGGUAACCCUUAACAUAAAAAGAAACAACUGUAGAGAUGAAUAUGUUUCGUUACAAUUUGCAGUCCAUAUGCUUCAAAUAUGGAGAUUUAUUUUCUUGUUUCAAACUGUUGCAAACAUAGCAAAGUAAACAACUUGUCUGACUAAAAUAGUCUUUCAUGCACAUUGAAAGCUUGUAAUACUUUUUCAGGGAUAAAAUAAAAGUCUGAUGUAGUGCCAGUAUUUGCAUCUGCUCAACCUGGAGCAAACAUCUUAACUUUCAAAAUGUGUUUUUCUAAAAAAAAUCUGGUAUAGAGAAACUUAAAGAGCAAAGCAUUUUUUUAAGUUGUACAAAUAUUGUUUGGGCCAUAUCAGUCAGGAAUCAGUGUAAAGGAGUAUGAUUACGCAAUGCUUUGUGUCAUAAUUUUGAGAGAAUGUGUUUGUAUUUUUGUUACAUAUUAAAUAAAUUAUUCUUUUGUGAA